AUGACUUUUCGUAAAAUUUUUUCCAGUUUUUGUAAAUUUUUGGUGUAUACAGCUCUCAUUUUGAAUUCAAUUUUGAAUGGAUCCAUUUGUAGCAGUGAUGAUCAAGCCAUAAAGAAUAUUACUAUUGGUGCUAGUUUUCCUAUAAGUGGAGCUGACACUACUUGGGGGGAUUGUUUAAUGGCUGCUAGAUUCGCUUUAGAUCAAAUCAAAGAUCAAAAUUUGCUUUCCGGAUAUCGCCUUAAUAUGGAAUGGGGAAAUACUAAGUGUGAUGCUGGUACCGGUAUGAAAGUGCUAUUUGAUUUAAUUCACAACCCGCCGCAGAAGCUGAUGAUUUUAGGCUCGGCUUGUUCUCCGGUUACAGAGCCAAUGGCUCAAACCUCCAGAGAAUUUAAAUUACUCCAGAUCUCUUACAUAUCGGCAUCACCAGCAUUAAAUAACAGGGAAACUUAUCCUUACUUUUUUCGGGCUCGCGCUUCGGAGAGCAAGCGAAUUCUGCCCAGUUUCGAAAUUUUUAAGCGCUUUAAUUGGACAAAAAUUGCUAUCAUCACAGAGACAAUCAAUUUAUAUACAUUGGUUGCCAAUGAAGUUGUAAAAGUGGCUAAUGAAACUAAGACCGAAAUUGUCACUUCUACAAGCUUUGAUACGGAAGAAGAUCCACAAAAAGCUAUAGCAAAAAUUAAAGAAUCUCAGGUCCGAAUUAUAUAUGCUGGAUUCUAUCCUAAGCCUGGUCGUCGCGUAUUAUGCAGGGCUUAUCAUGAAGGUCUUCGACCGCCUCAAUACGUGUGGAUUGGACCUGGAUGGUUUCCGGGACCAUAUUGGUGGAGAAAUCGUGAAGAUGGCGAUCUCAUCGUAGGCAAUAUAACUUGUAAUAACACAGUAAUGGAUUUUAUGGCAGAAGGCUAUUUUUCAACAGAUCCUCCGCUAACGUGGGAUGGCAAUAAAACCACCGUUUCCAAUAUGACUUCUGAAGAAUGGAUUAAGGCCUACAAUACAUAUCGAAAAUAUGAUCUAUAUGCAAAGUAUGCUGGAGGGUAUAACUUUGCCGGCUACGUGUACGAUGCAACUUGGGCGGUAGCUCUUACCUUAAAUAAUUCUAUUCAGCGUUUAGCUAAAAAAAAAUUGACAUUAGAAGGCUUUACUUAUGGAAAUGUUGAUUAUCUUGAAGUAUUUACUUCAGAAAUGGCCAAACUGCAGUUUCUAGGCGUAACGGGGCCUUUAUCAUUUACCAAGACUGGCGAUCGUAUUGGUAUAACAGUGAUUCGAAGAGUUCAAAAUCAUAGCCACAUUGUCAUUGCCAAGUAUAUCGAUCAGAGUGCAAAAGUGAUAUGGGAUGAUUCUAUCAAUUAUAUUUGGGGAACACCCGCAUCUGGAUUUGGAAUAGUGCUAGCGAUAAUUCUACUACGAUUUAAUGUAUCUUACAGAGAAGAUAGAGCAAUAAAAAUCACCAGUCCUAAUAUAAAUAUUGCCAUUAUUUGUGGCGUAAUAUUAUGUUAUAUAUCGGUACCAUUUCUUGGUUUGGAUAGUAAUAUACUUGGCAUCAGUACUUAUGGAAUGUAUGCACAUUCAUUGGUUUGCAGGAUCAGAAUAUGGCUACUGUUGUUAGGAUUUAUGAUGGGCUUUAGCGCCCUCUUUACAAAAACCUGGCGUUUAUAUGUCAUCUUUACUAAUAAAACCAGCCGAAAGCAGAAAACUGAAGAGAAUGGAGAUUUUAAAAUCGUUUACUCCAUUACCACGUGCGUUACAAAGCAUCCAGCAAUAUGGCAGAGUUUAAUGUUGGGUAGCAACGGUAUCUUGCUGCUUUAUGGUUUAGCAUUAGCUUGGAAAACUCGAAAUAUUGCGUGUGAUGUGGCCAAUGACUCUAAAACCAUUGGGUUGGCGGUAUAUAGCGUUUGCGUUUUUUCCAGUACGGCUGCCUUGAUUGGCUUCACUGUAACCCAACCAGCAGUCCGAUUUAGCAUGAUUGCACUUUUCAUCUUGCUAUCAACAACUGGAUCAAUGUAUUUAAUUUUCUUACCGAAGGUUUGGAUGAUUAAAGAUCUAGCCAGGGUUAAUUCAACGCAAAGAUCGAAUGAAGCUGAUUCUGAGCCAGGAAAAUUAAUUGAGCGGCAUCUUCAUCACUCUGCUAGUCGAUCGUCAAUAAUGCCCGAUCCGAAAGUUUAUAAGUUGCAAGACGAGAUUAGUGAGCUGAAAUCUCUUCUGGCUAUGAAGUGUCAGCGUAUUGAGGAGCUAGAGGAGAGCUUACUAAAAUCGAAAAUAAGCACCAUUACUAAUAAUGAAGACACCAUACCAAGAUUGCAUUCAGAAUUAGUGGAGGAUGCAAGCAAUUCCUGUCGAUGCAAAUCUGCAAAUUGUUGGAAAUCUUACUUCAAUCAGGACAGUCAGGAAAUCUCAAGCUAUAACAAUUCUUAUUUGUCUGUUCAAUCGCCACAACAGCGCAGAGUUUCCUUCCUGCCUAAAGAUUAG